AGCUUGAGCAUCCUUUGUUUACUUUGACUCUCAGAGGCUUUGUUUUCUGUGUGGAUGCCCCUAAUGGCUGGGCACUGCUUGCUCAAUCCCCCCCUCCCAUUUCUUUGCUUGACAUUUUAUGAGGUCUCAAUAGAUAGAGAAUCGCAGAUUGCUCAGGUUUUGCAGCUGAUUGGAGGCAAACAACCAAUUAAAUCCAAGGUAAGAAUAGCUUCGCAGCACAGCUGCUUGAUGCUGUUCUGGUGCCCUCUGGCUACAUGCUGUGCACACAGUUAGACAAAGGGAACAUUGAGAAGAGCAAUAAACUAAUUUCAAGUUGGUGCCAGUAUUUAACUGCUUGUGCACUAUAGUGAGAGAGAAGAAAGCUAGCUGACAGGAAGCACAUUGCUGCAGCAAUACCAGCUUUGGUCCUUUAUUCAUCAGCCUUCAGUGACUGUACUAAACUCCUUACACCCUCCUGCUGAAGUUCAUGCAUAAGCAGCACUUUGCUAGAUGAUACCCCUAAGCAAGGACCACUUAUGGAUGCUGAACUCCCAGUUUUCCAUGCCUGUUGCCUGUGAUGGAUGUGAGCUCAAAUGAGGGAUUUGGCGUGGCAGAGAAGAUUGCACUGCUCACCUUUAUUUCUGCUGUUAUUCUUAUGGCUAUCCUGGGAAAUCUUCUGGUGAUGGUGGCUGUAUGCAGAGACAGGCAACUCAGGAAAAUCAAGACCAAUUAUUUCAUAGUCUCACUUGCCUUUGCUGACUUGCUGGUAUCAGUUCUGGUGAUGCCAUUUGGAGCCAUUGAGCUGGUUCAAGAUAACUGGAUUUAUGGAAGAACGUUCUGUUUAGUCCGCACUUCUCUUGAUGUCCUCCUCACAACAGCAUCAAUUUUCCACCUCUGCUGUAUCUCAUUAGACAGGUACUAUGCUAUCUGCUGCCAGCCACUGGUUUAUAGGAAUAAGAUGACACCACUGCGCAUUGCUCUAAUGCUGGGUGGCUGCUGGGUAAUCCCAAUGUUUAUUUCUUUUCUCCCUAUAAUGCAAGGCUGGAAUAGCAUUGGCAUCAUGGACUUGGUAGAGAAAAAGCAGUUCAACAGUAUGUCCAACUCAACUUACUGCAUAUUUAUGGUCAACAAGCCCUAUGCUAUCACCUGCUCUGUGGUUGCCUUCUACAUUCCAUUUCUGCUAAUGGUGCUAGCCUACUACCGGAUAUACAUUACAGCCAGGGAGCAUGCUCAUCAGAUACAGAGUCUUCAGCGUGCAGGGGCCCCAGCAGAUGGGAGGCCACACCACCCUGACCAGCACAGCACUCACCGUAUGAAGACUGAAACUAAAGCAGCCAAGACCCUCUGUAUAAUCAUGGGGUGUUUCUGUUUAUGCUGGGCACCAUUCUUCAUCACAAAUGUAAUAGACCCUUUCAUAGAUUAUGCAGUUCCUGCAAAGAUAUGGACUGCUUUUUUGUGGCUGGGAUACAUCAAUUCAGGAUUGAAUCCCUUCCUUUAUGCAUUCUUGAACAAGUCUUUCAGACGUGCCUUCCUCAUCAUCCUGUGUUGUGGUGAUGAACGAUACCGAAGGCCUUCCAUCUUAGGGCAAACAGUCCCUUGUUCCACUACUACUAUAAAUGGAUCUACACAUGUGCUAAGGUAUACAGUCUUGUACAAUGGGCAACCCCAGGAACAUGAUAAGCUUCCGAUCCAUAAUGACCCAGAAUCCCAAGAGUCCUGCUUCUGACUAAGGUCUCAGAAUGUGAUCUGCCGUGCAGGACAGUUGCAAGAUGAUGGUGCACCAGGAACCUAAUGCCAGAUCAAUGUUGUCUGCAUUGUCAUAGUGCUCUCCUGUACUGAUUUGACAUCAGCACCAACAGCAAGGAUGUGCUUACCAGCCGGAAGGAUUAGGCAGAGUCUGCAGAGAGAAGGAAGGAGAUCCUUUUU